AUCUCAGUUGUGCUAGAGACAGAGAAACAGCAGCAGCAGAGUGUGAGCAGUACAGAGAGGAGAGUCUCACCGAUACAUUCAGACUUCAUCUUCAUCAUCAUCAUUUUUACUGAUGUCAGUUCUUCCUCUGUGGGUGAAAAUGUUGCGGCAGGUCUGGAGGUUGAAGGCCGUCAUCAUCCUCGUCGGCAGCCCAUUCAUCCUGCUGCCACUUGCUGUCAGCACCACGGAGGCGGCCUGUGCCUAUGUUAUCGCCCUCAUGGCGGUGUACUGGUGCACUGAGGUGCUGCCACUGGCCGUGACGGCGCUGCUGCCAACCAUCCUGUUCCCCGCCCUCGGCGUCAUGGAGUCGAAAGACGUGUGUAUGCAGUACCUGAAGGACACCAACAUGCUGUUUGUCGGGGGGUUGAUGGUGGCUGUGGCCGUGGAGCACUGGAACCUCCACAAACGCAUCGCACUCCGCGUGUUGCUGCUGGUUGGGGUCCGACCCGCCCUCUUGAUGCUGGGGUUCAUGGGAGUGACAGCCUUCCUCUCCAUGUGGAUCAGCAACACAGCCACUACCGCCAUGAUGGUCCCCAUCGUUCAGGCCGUUCUGGACCAGUUCCACAACAAUGCAGGCCCUGAGGCUUCUUCCAAGAGCCAGAGUAGGAGUGUCGUUCUACACCAGGAGCAUCCGGAGAAAACCAUCGGCAUCCAACAGACUGCGAGGCCAAAUGUUCUCAAGAGAGGUGAGAGUGGGCAGAUCAAGACAUGGGACAACUCUGAGACAACUUGCAAACUGCAAGACAACAUGCCCCCUGAGAAGAGAGUUUUGUCAGAGGCUCAGCUGCACAGACUGGAGCUUGUCAGACCAACGCUGCAGGACAAAGCCACACUGGACAGCACCGACAGCGGGCCCAUGGUGGAGCACAUCUGCUGCCAGAUGGAGUUGGGGGAGAUAAGUAAGGAGGAGGAGGAAGAGAGGAGGAGAAUGAGUAAAGGACUUCUCCUGUGUGUAUGCUACGCUGCUAGCAUCGGGGGCACCGCUACUCUAACAGGAACUGGACCAAACCUGGUCCUCAUCGGACAGAUGAGCCAACUCUUCCCUCACAACAAUGACGUGAUCAACUUUGCGUCCUGGUUUGUGUUCGCCUUCCCCACCAUGGUGCUGAUGCUGACACUCGCCUGGUUCUGGCUGCAGUUUCUCUACAUUGGCUGCAACCUGCGGAGGACGUGGGGGUGCAGGGCAGUCCAGUCAGAAAAGGAACGAGCAGCGUACGAAGUGAUCAAGGAGGAGCACCGUCGCCUGGGACCCAUGAGUUACGGGGAGGUCAGCGUCCUGGCACUCUUCAUCCUCAUGGUGGCACUGUGGUUCACACGAGACCCCCGCUUCAUGGACGGCUGGGCCACGCAUGUCUUCAACACCAGGGCUGAGUUCGUCACUGAUGCCACCGUCGCUCUGUUUGUUGCUUUUCUGUUGUUUGUCCUUCCGUGUGAGCCGCCACGCUACCUAUGCUGCUGGAGGAGCUUCGGUGCAGAGUCCCGAGGCCCCGCCCCCGCACUGCUCACCUGGCAGGUGACUCAGAAGAAGAUGCCCUGGAACAUCGUUCUGCUGCUGGGAGGAGGCUUUGCCCUUGCCAAGGGCAGCGAGGAGUCCGGUCUGUCCCACUGGCUUGGUGCUCAAAUGACGCCGCUCCACUCCAUCCCUCCCUGGGCCAUCGCCGUCGUUCUCUGCCUCCUUGUCGCCACCUUCACCGAGUGCACGAGCAACGUCGCGACGGCAACGCUGUUCCUGCCCAUCCUGGCCUCCAUGUGCCAGUCUAUAAGCCUGAACCCUUUGUACGUGAUGAUCCCCUGCACCCUCAGCGCCUCCUUUGCCUUCAUGCUGCCUGUGGCCACACCUCCCAAUGCCAUUGUCUUCUCCUACGGCUUCCUCAAAGUGUCUGACAUGGCUAAAACUGGAGCAGUAAUGAAUGUCAUCGGGAUCGGCUGCAUCAGUCUAGCCAUCAACAGCUGGGGUCGCAUUAUGUUUUCCCUGGACUCGUUCCCUUCGUGGGCGAAUGCCACUGCACCUGUGUAGGCCAUCCUCUGCUGUCUGCAACCUGCUGCUGCCGGUCAAACAUGUUUUAUCAAACAUGUUUUAUCAAACAUCUCAGCCCUAUCACUGGACUCUGGAUGGCGUUGGGGUGAAACUUUCUGGUGGAUCUGAACAGGCAGAAACAUUGUCUCGAUGUUUGGACCUUCUCAUUUCUGAUGUGGAGUGGAUUCCCAGAGCUUUCACUGUGAAACUGGCUCCACUGAAAGACCUGUGUUUAGCAGGACUGGUUGAUUUUUAUAAUCCUGUUAGCAGCUUCCACUGCUAACUAAUGGUAGCAUCAGUCUCCAGAGCUGCACCUAGGACCAUGACAUCAACUGUUAAAUAAAAGCUGGUUUUCAGAUCAAAUAAAAAGUAAUGCCCACGGACGCAAGAACAAACAUCUGCAGUAUACACCAGAUAAAAGAAACACUGAGGUUUAGAUAUCUUCCACAGUGGAUUAUUGCCGUGAAAGGAAAUGUUAUACUCAAGCUAUCAAGAUAAAAGCUAAACAAAAAGGAAGCCAGGCUGGUUUGCAUUAACAGCCAGUCAGAACAAGAGCAGAGCAGAAAUCCAGGAGGGUUGAAUAAACUCAAAUACACAACAGUGUAAAUUAGAAUUAAAACUCAUGCCUCUUAUGUAAGUCUGGUAAAGUGUAAUGUGAAGUGUAAUCGUAUGAAAAUAUAUGCAUAGUUGAAAUGUAGUUAAAAGCCUUGAAAAGUCUGAUCACUGUAGCUGACAGGUCAGUUUUUUUCUAUAUAACUUCAUUUUUUUGUGGUAUUUUUAUACUUGUUAUUUAGAUCAGGCAUUUUCUGUCUGACAGGAUACAACUCUCAUCACUGUGAAUUCCAAUCAAAUUAUUACAAAAUGGUAAAUGCUCUCAUGCUUCUACAGUACUUUUCUCUACAUUUCAGCAAGCUCAAAGUGCUUUCACAUUAUUUGGCCAUUCACCCAUUCGCACUCACAAAUUCACACACUGGUGAUGUCACUAGGAACAACUGGGGGUUUGGCGCUUUGCUCAAGGCAACUUUGACAAGUGGACUGGAGAAGCCAGAAAUCAAACCGCCAACCUUCUGGUUAGGAGAUGACCUGCUCUACUUCCUGAGCCACAGUGGCCCUUAAAUAAAAAUAUAUACUGUAUUUUUUUAUGUUUAAACAUUAGUUUUACUGAGUAACAGUUGUAACGUGAGUGAGUUAAUGUGUACUGUACAUAUGUAAUUUCCACAGUUUUGUACCAUGUUGAUGCUUAUGGCAAUAGUUUUAUUUGGUGUUAAUAA